AUGGAUUAUUGCGAUUUUUAUGAUUCGAAUGACGAUUCCGACACAGAUACUUGUGAUGGAUCCCUAGACCACCCGAACGAAUUGGAUAAAAAAGCGUUUCUACGUGGUAGUGAUAUUUGGCAGCAUGUAACCAAUAACCAGUACUCCAAAAAGGGACCAAUAAACUCAAAAAGUAUUAGCGAAGUUGGUGGACCACCAGGUGCCUUCAAAGUUCUUUUAUUGGGAGGAACUGGAACUGGAAAAUCAACCGUAAUCAAUACAAUUUCAAAUUACUUUCUGGGUGGUACUCUUGAUAAUCUGAAAGUUGUCAUUCCAACAGCUCAUCUUGAUGUGACUGAAGAAGAAUUCGAUCAUUCUGAAACUGAUAUCGAUGAUGUGACAAAGAGUAAAACCACAAAAUGCAACACAUAUGCUUUCAAUCAUCCCGAAAAUCCUGCUUAUAGAUUUAUCUUUAUUGAUACCCCAGGGUUGAGUGAUACAAGGGGUAUGGAACAAGAUGACGUUAAUAUCAAAGAGAUAAUUGAUACAGCAAUUAGCGUUGGUUCAAUAUCAGCUAUCGUAGUUAUUGCUAAUGGAUCUGAACCUAGAAUGAAUCCAACAAUAAAACUCGCUUUGGUUCUCCUGGCAAAUAACUUACCUGAUGCCAUGAUCGAAGAUAACCUUUUCCUAAUUUUAACAAAGUGUACAAAGGAAUCUACUGAAUUUUCUGUCAAUACUUUUACAGAACAUCUUGGAAAGCCAAGGGAUAUUUUUUAUAUGGAUAACCAAGCAUUUUGUAACGAUCCUACAACCAGGCCAAGAAGUGGUAUUGGUUAUAAACUUCUUAAGUUGCAAUGGAAGAAUUCCAAAUCAACAAUUAAUGAUAUGUUGAUAAAAUUUUCUCUGCCACUCUCUAAACCAGCCGAACACUUUAGGAAAAUGAAACCCCUUCGAAACCAAAUCAAAUUUGAGCUUUUUGAAGCAGCCGUCAACAUUGCGAAUAUUCAAAAAGUGCUGGAUGAAAUAAAAGAAAAAGAAGAGUCUCAUGCAGAUAUAAAUGAAGAAAUCACACUUGAGAAAAUUGUUCCUGCCAAUUAUCAUAGUACAGUUUGUAUCAUACAUACUGAUCUUAUUUGUCAUGACCGUUGUUAUCUUAAUCGUACCGUGGAACAUGGAAAGAAUAUUCCAUUCAAUUAUUGUGCUUGCAUGGAUAGUAAAAGCAUAUGCAAAAAAUGUGGAUGUGGUCCUACAAGCCAUUUCCAUAAAAACGUUAAAUUAAUCAAAGAAACCAAAAGACUUUGCGAAAUUAUUAAAGAAGAAUCUGGACUUCCUGAGCUUGAAGCUGCUGCUGAUGAAAAUUACAAAAAAAUUAUGAAGCAUUGCAACGAUCUUAGAAAAGUUGUCUCUCGAUUUAACUUUGUCGAUGAGCUUAAUGCAAAUGUUGAAAAGUUGAAGUUGGACGCGAAAACAUUAAGAAAUACUAGUGUGCGAAAUAAUUCAGAAACAAAAAUCGGAGAACUUGAACAAUUGAUAAACGAUUUGUCAUCUAGAAACCCGAUUCUUAGUAGAUAA